UAAUAAAAUCUUACAUAUGAUUGCUAUUUUACAAUAAAAAGAAUAAGAUAUUAAUGUAGAAGUAUUAUUAUGGUGUUAUUGUUGAAGUCAAUUUGUAUUCCACCGUGUUCCCGAUUGACCGAACAACAUGUUUCCCACCCCCACUACGUAUCCGACCCAAUUGUUAUGCAGCAACGGGCGCGUAGUCCGGCGCGCGGGCAUUGCGGCGCCGGCUAUCGUGGUUCGCGACCACCUGUCUCGCGCCAUGGUUUGCGAUGACGGCUUACAUGCCUCAUCGCCUCACCUUCGCCGAAAAUCGCUACGUCGACUCGCAUCCACACGUGGAUUUAAACCUCAUCACCUGGACUCUGGUUGGAUACGAGUUUUUGAAGGUCUGGAGCCCUUUGCUGUUGAUGCACCUAGCAAAUUAGUCAAGGUCUCACAUAACACCACCGUAGAUGAAUUAAACAAGACACUCGGCUUUGGGGAAGAAUUGACACUAUGGAUACAAAUUGGUGGAGAAAAAUCCCGGCGAUUGGAAUUAGAUGAAUUUCCGUUGCGAAUUCAACAACAAUUUCUGGCGACUUACGGGUGGAAGUCUGAAGCACGUCGCUUGCGUUUGGCGGUAGACCCAGAACUGCGGCAUUCUCUGCGAUGGUGCACUGGCCCAGCAGCGAGUGCUGGAGGUGCUCUGCAAUCUGGCACUGUUUACGUGUUGAAGGGGCACGUAUUCCCGCAAUGGAGACCACGAUCUGCUCACAUAAUUGGUUCACGUUUACAUACUUAUGGUGCUUCUUGGGAAAUGCUAGAGCUAAGUGGCGGUACUAUAGAGCUGUGCCAACCCAAAUCCCAGAGAAUGGUUAUAUGUGUGAAGCCUCGUUGUCAAGGAAACACUGUUCUGAACGAUGGAGGAAUGAAUCACCUUUUUUUGGGCUUCAGUACUGUGUGGGAGAGAAACAUGUGGUUCUGCUGGCUAAAAGAGGCUAUUCAAAGUACUCAACCUCCUAAUGUAUUGGAUCUCAGUGGCGGCGGGCGCGCUUCCCUUAGCGUCGCCCUCGCUCAGCACACCGCUGGUGCUUUUACGGUGCGAGUGCUACGGCUCCGACAGAACGCGCUUAGGGUGCUGCCCCCACAAGUGUGGAGCUUGCACUCACUAACACAUCUCGAUAUCACCGAUAAUAGAAUUAGAGAACUACCCGAAGAAAUGUGCCAGUUAACGCAGUUGGAAGAAUUAUAUGUAAGCGAAAACGAGUUGAUAACACUAGAUUGCAUCCUGAAACUACCGCGGCUACGGAUCCUCGUAGCUGAUCACAACUUGAUUACUACUUUUGGAUCUAAUAACGUACAAAUGGGUCUUGAGGAAGAAAAUAAGACUGAAUAUCGCGCUCCACUCACCAGCGUAGACCUUCGCCACAACAAAUUGAAAGGAAGCAUUAUACUUGGCAACUAUGAACACUUGGUAUCCUUGGAUGUUUCACACAAUGCCGUAGAAGUGUUGGUAGUGUCAGCAUUACGAGGCCUUCGAGAGUUGUACGCUGCACACAAUGCCCUUCAGCACUUAGCACUACAUGGUGCUUCAUUGCGUAUAUUGCGAGCACCACAUAACCAAAUAGAAACGCUGACAUCUACAGUACCGCCCAUAAAUUUAAUAGAAUUGGAUGUAUCCCACAAUAAAUUAACUUCACUUCCACACUGGCUGAGUGGUUGCUCAGAUUUAACAACACUUUAUGCAAACAACAAUCAGCUAACUUCGCUCCCAGAACAUUUAUUUUGCAGUGAACUUUCCAGCCUCAGUAAACUACAUUUAGCGCAUAAUAAAAUAUCCAAUAUUCCAUCGAUGCCAAGAUUAAGAGCUCCAUUAAAAGAAUUAUUACUUCAUGAUAACUGUAUACAAGCACUACCAGAAAACUUUUUUUCAGUUUGUGACAGACUGCAUAUAUUGAAUCUAUCUAACAACAGAUUGAAUCGGUUACCUCAUGCUAGAGGCCCAUCAUCGCAUUGUCUGGAACGUCUUUAUCUAACGGCGAAUUGUCUAACUGAUGAUGUUGCUGAUGUUAUUAUUGCAUUUCGUGGAUUAAAAAUAUUACACAUAGCGUACAAUUGUUUGACAAAUUUACCUGAUAGUUGUAUUAAUUUUUGGCCUGAAAUUGAAGAACUUGUUCUAUCUGGGAAUUCUUUUUCGAGACUACCAGAAAAUUUGCCGCAACUGAAUAAUAUCAGAAUUGUGCGCGCUCACUCGAAUAGACUAAGAUCAGUACCUAUGUUUGCAUGCAGUGCUUCAGUGAAAAUUUUGGAUUUCGCACACAAUGAACUUGAUAGUAUAGAUUUAAGACUACUAGCCCCAAAACAAUUAAAGUUCCUCGAUAUUUCAUGUAAUAAAAAAUUGCAGAUAGAUCCCUCGCAAUUUAAUGUAUAUAGGUGUCAAAGACCUUUGAGUCUGGUUGAUGUUACAGGUAGAAAUGCAUUACCUUAUACACAAAAAAGUGGUUAUCAUGAAGAGUUAAGUGGUUCAACCCCAUGGACUACUGGGUUCUCAGAAUGCCCUAAUAAAUCACUUCAGUUAUGUUGUGCUCAAAUUAGAUUACCAUCUUUUUGUAACAAAGAAGGUCUAUUCGCUAUUAUUGAUGGUGAAAAUGACACAGAAGUACCAAAAAUAUUGCAAAAAAAUUUACCUGGUCUUUUACUCGAAGAAAAGUCUAUAAAGGAGACCGUGAACGAAUACAUGAAAUAUGUUGUCUUAUCUGCACACAGGGAAUUAAAAGAAAAAGGGCAAAAGAAAGGAGCCUGCUUGAUAAUGUGUCAUUUAACACCAAUGUCCUUGCCAGAAAAUGGCUUUGGGCAGAUAUCCAAACGAUAUAACUUAAAACUUGCUAAUGUGGGUGAUACUAAAGCUAUAUUGAGUAGACGAAACGGCCCCUUGAAUUUAGGUAUAGGAAAUAAUAAACGCUUAGGCUAUUCUUCACGUUAUCCUAAUACUGUACCUGACCCUGAUGUUAUUCAAACAGUUAUUAAAGAAGAUGAUGAAUUUUUAAUAAUGGGUAAUGGAAAAUUUUGGAACGCUGUCAGCAUAGAUACUGCAGUUUCUGAAGUGAGAGCUGAACGUAAUCCAGUACUUGCAGCAAAGAGAUUACAAGAUUUAGCACAAAGCUAUGGUGUAGAGGAUUGUAUAUCAGUUCAGGUAAUACGAUUUGAUACUGCCCGAGCCGACGUUGAUUUGCUAAUGCGUGAAUUAAGACAAACUAUAUGUAGUAGUAAUAGUAGUAAUAAAUCUAUAUGUCGUCCCGAUUGCUGCUGCUCUAGAAUAGAAGCAUGUUGCCAUUCUGCAACUCCGCCCAAACCAAGUAGUGAUCGAUCGUCUCCCAGUGGCCAAAGUGACCGUCCUCCGAGUGAAGCAGUGAGUCAUCAACAUUAUGCCAGCGUUAGAUCACAGAACAGAGCCUCUGAACGGAGAAGUUGCCGUGGAGGAGUAGCUAGGGCAAUACGUGUUCGAGUCGAUGAAGAUAAAGAAGAUGAUUCAAGAAAUGAUGAACUACCGUCUUCCGAUGAACAAUUCAAGUGUUGGGAGUAUAUGUUAGAACAAAAUACGCAGAUGUUAUUUGACAAAGAAUUAGAUAAUAUUUCAAAGGGGAUCAAAUCCAAUGUUAGUAGUUUACGAAAUAUAAAAGGUUUAUCGGGCAGUAGUCCACAACUUCAUUUAUCAGGCAAACAGUCUAAGGGUGUUCCAUUUUUAUCGAAGCAUUUCGGGAGCGCUAGAUCUUUUGGAACAGCAUUAAAACCUGAUUUUCGUUUUGGUUCUGGUAGAUUACCAAAUGGAGGUCCAAAUGCUGCAUAUUUUGGUUCAUUACAACGUUUAAUGCCUUAUCAUUUAGAAUAUGACUUUGCUGUGAUACAAGAAAAGACAGCACAAUCUCAAGACUCGUUGGAUCUUGAAGGUCGGAUGCAGCAGUACUGGGGAGUGGCUACGACAGAAUUGUAAACAUUUUUAGCUAAUUAACUUUGUAAAUAAAACUACAGAUUAUGUAGCAUAUUUAGUGUGUAUAAUUAUUUAUGUAUAAUAUGUACCAUUCAUCUGUCGACUAGAUUUUUUGCACAAAGUAUUUUAAUCACUAUGGACUUACAGAGAACUAAAAUUACUUAUAUUUAUCACAUUAAUUUUAUGUACAGUAUUAUAAUACUAUCUUUUGUAUGUUUAAGCUUAUUUUGUAAUUAAAAUAUAAUAAAAACAA